AUGAUCUCCAACUAUAACCCAGACUCGCCGUACUCCUGCUACGUGACGGCCAAAGCCACCCCGGCCCACACUAUCACCCAUCUGGCUCACCAAGUCCACGAACUCAGCCACCUCAGCCUCCCGCUCGUUCGCCAGCCGGAGCAGCGUAAGAUCCCGCACUCAGGUCAUAGCCUCGAGAUCCCGAUCGGCGGCGCCCGGUGGUGGGAGCAGACGGGCGGUGACAAUCAGCAUGGCCCCGGGGUUCGCGGCGAGAACCCCCGUGUACACCUGCAGAUCCUUCGGGAUACUGGCUCGGAACGCGGCCUCAUGCGCCGGAAACGCGGACGGCAGGUGCAGGAUGUACGCCGCGGCAUCCAAGACGGGCUGCCCCGGACCAAGAGAUCGCCUCUGCACGCGAAUGCGAGGGUGGUGGGCUUCCGCCUGGAGGGACUCCGUGCUGCUGGGCGGUCGAGGGGCCAGGGAUCGCCCUACGUGAUAGUUGGUCGGGUCGUGCCCGGCGAUCUGGACAAUAAACCGCAGCGAUGGGUAGAGCUCUGA